AUGGACAGGACAACAACGAGACUUUUCGCAGAACUUUUUGCUAAUGGGCUGUCGAUUGUAAUUCUAUUUGAUGCUGUGGUCGUAAACAGAUAUACCAACGCCUGUGCUCCUACACCAGUAGGUACAGCGUUUGAUUGCGGAAUAGUGGCAAACAAUAGCGUUACACUUAGUGGCUUUGAUGUGGCAGAGAUAACUCCAGAUUUUAACGGUUCCCGAAUGUAUACUGCUAAUUGCACUUGCGAUACAGAAAACUGUCUACAGAUUCUUGACUCACCUUUGUCGACCAACGUAAUUACGCAGUUAAAUCCUCAAGGAAGUACAAUCACAAUGAUUGUUACUUGCAAUCAAACUACGGCGAACCCAAUUCCUUCGCUUUAUUUCGAUUACACUUUUAAUGGUGUAUCCUCAACGAUUGCUGCUGCUGGAGGAGCAGUGUGCACUUAA